CGCCGUUCGUUCGACGACUCCUUGGUUGCCAUGGCACGAAAGGGCCCUUUGGCGCGUUUGGUUGUCGCCUCCUUGGCUCUUGCGUUCUCCUCUUCGCGUUUGCUAUGCUUCCAUGCAUGCCGGACUCCAAGCACUUGCUCAACGGAGCUUACAGGUGGUCAUCGGGCUGUGGAGCCAAUCCCCAAAUCGCCCAAAGCCUGGCGCAAGGCGCUGCCCCAUGACGCCGUGCCGGUGCGGCAAUUCCUGCACUUGCACCGCUACCUGCAGAUCUGGAGGGUGCACUGGAUCGGUCCAGAGAACUUGGACCGUGCCGGGCUUCGUGUCACCGGAAUGGACACCUAUGCCAUUGUGGCCUCGGUCUUGCUGCAAGUCAUCACUGGGUUCUAUGGGUCUGUACCGGAGCCAGAUGAUACGGAUGAGCGCUUGAAGUACCCAAACCUGCACAGGCUGAUGUACGAAGGGCAGAUGAUCUUUGCUUCAGUGUCAGUGGUAUGUAGUACUUACACCAUGGUCAUGUUUCUACUCUGCAAGAUCUACUCUGUGAUGGCAUUAGGCAUGUACAAGGACGUGUCAUAUGACCUCUUCCAAGCCGCCACUGGAAGGUUUCGAUUGCGCGCGUUCUGGAGUCUGAUCAUUGCCAUGCAUAGCUUCUUGGUGUCCUUUGCGAUGAACCUCUUCACGCGUAUCAAGGGAAACAGAGGCCUGUGCUUCUUCUUCGUGGGCAUGAUGGGCAUCAUUCCGGUGGUCUAUGACUGGCAAAUCAUCUACCAAAUCGCGGAGAAGUACGUGUACAACUGAGAAAAAUUUCAGUGCGACGCCUCACCAGGGCUUGGGGAGCGGCGGGCCACGUCGUUCCUCGAUGAUAUGACAGGCAUAUGAUGUUUUCAGGAAUAAUUCAUGCACGGCUGCUUGAUUCUCACCAAA